UUUCUCCUUGCUUCUGCAGGCCGGGGGAGAAAGCAGCUGGGGGCAGUCCAAUCUUGGCCGUGCUUGGGGAGGGGGUCGAACAAGAAGGGAAAAAAGACGGAGAGAAUUUCCCCUCUUUUUUUUUUCUUUUUUGUUUUUGUUUGCACCACUUCCAACCGAUGACUGUAGAGUAAAGGGAACCUGGAGCGGGGCGGCAAGUAGCGCUUUGGGAAAAUGCAAGAGUGUGUUUGGAGACGCGAAGUUGCCUUUCAAGCUCUGGCCUCCGGGGCACGCGAUGCUCCGCGGCGGGCUGACUCAGGGCUGCUUGGGCCUCCCUGCCACCCUCCUGGAAAUGAUGCAAGUCUGACUGUCACCUGGAUCCCUGCAGCCCAGCCCGGAAUCCGUCUGGGUUGGGAGAGGGAUGAGAAACGACACCCCAGGUGUUGCACGGCCCACCAAAGCAGAAGGGGCCGUUGCUCAGGCCAAGUACUGUACCUAGUGCUUCUGUUUCUAUCUUCAAUAGUGCUUUAUUUUUUUAAUGCAAAGCGUCACAACGCUAGGAGUUCCCAUACGUGCUCAGUUGGCCCAGAGCAUCUCUGUGCCCAGGAAACUGCUCCAAUCAAGGCCUCGGAGCUGGGAAUCUCACUAAAUUCCAAAUGGUGGAAAGAAACUUUUCCAGCCCGAUGCAGUGUGAUGCGAGCCAGGGAUCCGGAGGACGCUGUCCCAGAGCAGUCCGACCCUCUUGCCCUUCUUUAGCUGUAACUAGCGCCGGGAUUCGCUUCUAUAAUAAUGUGCUGAAGUCGGUGCGGCCAUUGCCCGGGAGCCCCCGCACACGCGCGCUUAUCUCCGGCCGCGCUCGCACUCACACGCACGCGAACGCCCGGCGGCCGCCAGGUCGGCAACUUUGUCGGGCGCUCCCAGCGGCGCUCGGCUUCCUCUCGUAGUAGUUGGGCGCAGGCCCCGCCUCCCGGCCGUGUUGUCAAACGGGCCGGGGUCUCGGAUUGGUCCAGCCGCCGGGACAACACCUGCUCGACUCCUUCAUUCAAGUGACACCAGAGCUUCCAGGGAUAUUUGAGGCACCAUCCCUGCCAUUGCCGGGCAUUCGCGGCGCUGCUAACGGCCUGGUCACAUGCUCUCUGGAGAGCUACGGGAGGGCGCUGGGUAACCUCUAUCGGAGCCGCGGCCGCGAGGAAGAGGGAAAAGGCAAGCUAGGAGGAAGAGUGGGAGGAGGAAGGGAAGCGGCGGAGGAGGAAGAGGAGGAGGAGUAGGAGGAAGCGAGCACAAAGAAUCCAGGUCUCCCGGCGAGAGGUUUAUACCAAGAACCAUGUGUGCCGAGAGGCUGGGCCAGUUCGUGACCCUGGCUUUGGUGUUGGCCACCUUCGACCCGGCGCGAGGGACCGACGCCACCAACCCUCCCGAGGGUCCCCAAGACAGGGGCUCCCAGCAGAAAGGUCGCCUAUCCCUGCAGAACACAGCGGAGAUCCAGCACUGUUUGGUCAACGCUGGCGAUGUGGGGUGUGGCGUGUUUGAAUGUUUCGAGAACAACUCUUGUGAGAUUCGGGGCUUACAUGGGAUUUGCAUGACUUUUCUGCACAACGCUGGAAAAUUUGAUGCCCAGGGCAAGUCAUUCAUCAAAGACGCCUUGAGGUGUAAGGCCCACGCUCUGCGGCACAGGUUCGGCUGCAUAAGCCGGAAGUGCCCGGCCAUCAAGGAGAUGGUGUUCCAGUUGCAGCGGGAAUGCUACCUCAAGCACGACCUGUGCGCGGCUGCCCAGGAGAACACGCGGGUGAUAGUGGAGAUGAUACAUUUCAAGGACUUGCUGCUGCACGAACCCUACGUGGACCUCGUGAACUUGCUGCUGACCUGUGGGGAGGAGGUGAAGGAGGCCAUCACCCACAGCGUUCAGGCUCAGUGUGAGCAGAACUGGGGAAGCCUGUGCUCCAUCCUGAGCUUCUGCACCUCGGCCCUGCAGAGGCCCCCCACGGUGCCGCCCGAGCGCCAGCUCCAGGUGGACAGAGCCAGGCUCCCCAGGGCCCACCACGGGGAAGUGGGCUAUCGCCUCCCGGAGCCCAGCAGCAGGGAGGCCGGCCAAGGCGCCAAGGGCGAAGGAGGUAGCAAGAGCCACCCAAACGCCCAUGCUCGGGACAGAGCCGGGGGUCUGGGUGCCCAGGGACCUUCUGGAAGCAGCGAGUGGGAGGAUGAACCGUCCGAGUAUUCUGAUAUCCGGAGGUGAAAUGAAAGGCCUGGCCACGAAAUCUUUCCUCCACGCUGUCCAUUUUCUUAUCUAUGGACAUUCCAAAACAUUUACCAUUAAAGAGGGGGGAUGUCACACGCAGGAUUUUGUGGGGCUUGUGGACUUCAUGAAGGUGUACGUUAGCGGAACGAACAGGUGAGGUGGAGACUCUGGGGCAGCGAGGUCUCGGUGGUGCCUGGCGGAUUCUGCCCUUCCACGCGCUCGCGGGAGCGCACCCCACGUCCUCCUCGCCACUUGUCUUCUUUCCAUCCACGGAGCCAGUGGGUGUCAGCCGCUCUGCUGUGCGGGAGGAGAGGAGGGAGCGGGCAGGGUGGGGCAGGCCCACCUGGGCUGGACCACACAGUUGGUGCCGGGCCCCACCCGGAGCUUCUGGUGCAGCAGCUCCUGGUGCUGUCUCCGUGGAGGUCAGGGCAGCAGUGAAUGUGAAACUAUUGCUGGGAACUCAGGAGCAGGCUGGAGAGGAGGCAGGGGCCGAGGGGUGCUUGGUGCCAAACCGAAAUUCGGUUUCUUGCAUGGGACCUUGCAGUUCAGAGCUGCUCGGCGGGCGGGGGGAAGAGUGUAAUUUCUAUGUGUAACUUCUGAGCCAUUGUUCUGUCUGGGGGACACUGUCCAAGGAAGUGGCCCCUAUAAGUUUAUAUUUUAACCACUGCUUCAAAUCUCAAUUUCACUAUUUUAUUUAUCCAGUUAUAUCUACAUAUCUGUCGUCUAAAUAAAUGGCUUUCAAACAAA